AUGGGUGGGGUUACAUUACCAACAGCUUAUGAUAUAUCUAUUAGAGUAGAAAACAGCCUUAUACAAGUUGGUAAAAUUGCUCCUAGACCUCCUAUGCCUAUUUUUCCUGAUAUACAGUCAUUAAUGCCUUUACAAGUACCCCCUAUAGCUGCAAUACCUGUUGUUCUAGCACUAGGUUUUCAAAAUUAUGUUCAAAUUAGUGUUGUAGAAGACUCAUCAAAGCAACUACAGACAUUACAAGAGAUGUUUAUAAAGAAUGUUGAAAUAACUCAACAAAUCCAACAGGCUAUGGAAAAUUUUGGCAAUGAAUUGAAUAACAUAUCUUAUCAAGAUGCAAGUAUAAAUGAGGAACCAGAAGAUCCUAAGGUGGCUAUGAUGAAUUGGCAAGCUGUAAAUAAUGGACAACAACAAAAUAAAUUCGGACAACAACUAGAUAAAGGAAAACAACAAGCUUCUACAAGUCAUCAAGCUAUUAGUACACCUCCACCUGUCCAGAAUGUGCAGGUUUUACCAAGAGGACAGCCUACAGCACCUAAAGAACAGCAAAAAGUUCAAUCUCAUUUAAAACCAGCUCAUCAAGAGCUUGUUGUUCCAAAAGUACAACAAAAGGAUCCAGAUACACCUAUUCAAGGCAUACCUGAUGUGAAUUUGGAUGAGUGCGCAGCCCAGAAUACUGCAGAGGAUCCUUUCAUCAACAUGGACGAAAUAGGUCUUGGUGUUUAUAUGAUUCAUGAGGAGGAUUAUGUUAUUUCUAAGCUUGAAAAAGAGGAUAUUCCGCUUGACCAACAGUCAGAACAACAGAGAAAUCAAGUUUGA